GGGGGAAGUCAAGGUUCUAUUGCUUGUGAUGGCACAAGGAUUCCAAGCUAGGCCCUCACUUGACUCCUCCUUCCAGGUUGGCUGACAGUUUCCCAACAGUUAUUGCCAUUUAUCUAUUGUUUUCUUUCUCUGUAGUGAGUGGCCUGCGAUGCUACCAGUGUGUGGGGAUGUUCCAUGAGUGUGUCCAAUCAGAGCAAUUGUGUACGCCAAGGGAUCGGUCCUGCUUCUCAUCUACCAUCAAACUUUUCUAUACAAACAACUAUACAGGAGUAUUUUUGCUUCCAGAUUUAGAAAUCGCCGAGUACGUGAUGAAAGGCUGCUCAGGGGAAGGCGUAUCUAAUCGCACCGCUAACAUCUAUUCUGAGGAUGACCAUGAAGUACACAACACGUAUUACUGUGACUCUAAUCUCUGCAACAUCCGGUUCACAGGUGCUCCAGCCAGCACUACUCAGGAGGCUAAUGGCAUGGAGUGCUACAGCUGUUUUGAUCGUGGCACGGGGGACUGUGCUCAAGGGAAUGCUACUCGGGUCAAGUGCCUGGGAGAUAUGAAUCAGUGCAUGGAUUUUACUGUGAUCAAUGGCGCCUGGAAAAUGACGUACCGGACGUGUGCCCUGGAGACCUUGUGCCGCCGGCAGUAUAUGCUGCCAGAACUCUCAGGGAGACUGGAGAUCAGCUGCUGUUCUACCCCUCUCUGUAACGAUGGACGACCUGGCCUUAAAAGCAUCUGCAGCCAUUUCUCAGAACAAGGAGUCAAGAAGAAGCCCGAGAAUGGCUUGGAAUGUGCCAGUUGUUGCGAUUCAGGCCAAGGUGAAUGUGCCCAUGGAAACUGGACUCAUGUCAAGUGUGUUGGGGAGCAGACCAAGUGUGUGAAUGUCACAGAGAAAGGCCAUACGUUGAUGCGUGGCUGCAGCUUGGAGAAGCUUUGUUGGGAGAAACCACAGUUGCUGGGCCUGGACCGAAACUCUUCUAUCAACUGCUGCUCCAACUCGCUCUGCAACAGAAGUUUGGCCCCAACUGGAGAUGCCUCCUUGGUCCUUCUCCUCCUGCUGUUCUGGCUUCUCCAGUAAAAGUCUGGAGCGCCCAAAUUUCAAGGAAGCCAAAGAAAACUGGAAAACAGAGAGCCCAGUGUCCCAAGGCCACACACCGUCCCUCUUGCCUCGCAGCAUCCAAUGUGACAAGGGUUGCACCUAAGGCGGUUUUAAUUGCUCCAGCCUACAUGACUGCACUCUUAAUGUUCUCUCUCCACUGUCUUUAAGUAGGAACCUUGAAAGAAACAGGUUUAGUGACCUACUCAAGAAAGAGGGUUGUGUUUAUAAGCCAAGGGGAGGGUGGCAUUGGGGCAGAAGUUACAGUCCUGGAAUAUUUUCAGUCUCUCCCUGCCUUGCAGCUUCUCAAGGCUAACUCCUGCCAAGGGACGCUAACAUCUCAGCUUCCUUUCCUUGACCGGGUGAAAAAAAAGCCCCUUGCAUCAGCUGCAGGGUAUCCAUGGCACCAUGGAUAUUAGUUAUGCAAGGUUUUUGAGUUGGCUCACAUGCAGUGGUGCGGUGGCCUACAGGUGGCGCUCUUGCCUCACGAUCGGCAGGCUGCGGAGUUUGAUCCUAGGGUGGAGGCAGAUAUUUCUCUCUCUGGAUCAGAGGUUGGUUCCUACC